CUAUCCUCUCAUAAAUGCAGCAGAUAUAAAACCCCCCUGGCCUGGCAUCUUUAUAUCCUCAGCGUAGUCGCCGUCGUCUCUUUUCUCCAACUUCCCAUCCGGCACAGCAGCAGCCGCAUUCUUCCUCUUCCAAUCUUGCACCCCAUACACUUCCUCCUCGCCUUGGUCGAGUAUCAGCGCAACAUGGGCAUCCGUGAUCAUGUCACUCAUGGCGCGGUUGUGUCAGCUACCGUCGUUGAGCCUCUUCCUGAGGCUCCUCAGUCCCUUCUUGAUACCAAGCGCUGGUGGCGCCAUCCGAAUCUCAGGGCCCUGAACCUGUGGCUUUUGAUUCCUCUCCUGUCCAUCUUCUCCCAAGGUUUCGAUGGCUCCAUGAUGAAUGGUCUUCAAUCAGUCACUUAUUGGCGCAACUACUUCGGCGCCCCUACUGGUUCCACCCUCGGUAUCUUCAACGCAGCCUAUCCUCUCGGUGGUAUUGUCGGUGUCUUCUUCGUCACUCCCGUCGCCGAUCGCUGGGGUCGUCGGGCCGGUCUUGCUCUCGGAGCCAUCGUAAGCAUCCUCGGUGCCGUUCUGCAGUGCUCUGCCCAGAACAUUGCUAUGUUCGUCAUCUCUCGUGUCAUUAUCGGUGCCGGAUCUGUUAUUGUCGCCGCCGUUGGUGCCCCCUGGAUCACGGAGAUUGCUCACCCUUCGCACCGUGCCACUGCCACCGCCCUCUUCCUAACUUUCUACUCUCUGGGCUCCAUCACCGCCGGCUGGAUUACCUUCGGUACUUUCCGUAUCGACAGCGAGGCUUCUUGGAGAAUUCCCUCUGGUCUUCAAGCCUUGCCCAAUUUGAUCCAGAUCAUCUUCCUCUUCUGGGUUCCUGAGUCCCCGAGAUGGCUCGUCAGUGUCGGUCGUAAGGAUGAGGCUCACGCUAUGCUCGUCAAGUAUCAUGGCGAGGGCAAUGCUGAAGACCCCGUCGUUAUCUUUGAGUACCACGAGAUCACCCGGACUCUUGAGUUGGAGCUUUCUGGCGACAGUAAGGGCAUCAUCGGAACCGCAAAAGAGUUUAUGGGCACGCCUGGUAACAGAAAACGCAUGGCGAUCCUGGUAUGGGCUGCCAUAUGUUCGCAAAUGUCUGGAAACGCCUUUGUCUCCUAUUACCUCUCUCCCAUCCUAACUUCUGUUGGCCUCAAGACCGACUUACAGCAAACUCUUAUCAAUGCCACUAACCAGAUGCUCUCUUGGUUCUCGGCCAUCUAUUUCGCCACCCUCCCUGAGAAGAUUGGCCGCCGUAUUAUGUUUCUAUGCUCUCUGUGCGCUAUGUGGAUUGUCGUCAUCUCCAUCACUGCCGGAAGCGCCAUGUUCGCCAAAGACGAGAACAACAAGGCUGCCGCCUAUUCCGUAGUCGUCUUUCUCUACCUUUUCUCUCCUGCCUACAACUUCGGUUUCAAUGGCAAUCUCGGCCUCUACAUUCCCGAGAUCCUCCCGUACCUCAUGCGUACUCGGGGUUUGUCGUUCUUCUACUUUGUCCAGUUCUGCUUCCAGAUCUUGUGCAACUUUGCUAUUCCGAUUGGUCUCCAGGAUAUUCAGUGGCGCCUGUAUCCCAUCUUUGUUGGCUGGAUUAUCGUCGAGUUUGUCGUGCUAUACCUUCUUUUCCCGGAGACUAAGGGUCCUUCUUUAGAAGACAUUGCUUACAUCUUCGAUGGCCGCCCGGAAUACGAUGACGAGAAGAUUAUUUAG